AUGUCAUUCCAGAGCGCAAAGAGUAGAAUAAUUAAAUGUGUAAAAUUAAUGAUACUAGGUUUAUUACUAAUACUGCUUGUGUUGUUUCUUGUGGCUACGGUUAGAACGUUUACUUUAGAGGUAAAUGCGGGACUUCAGCUUGCACAAUGGGAAAAAACAGCCAACAUAUCAGGGGAUAUAAGCAAACAGCAGAGGGAGGAACUGCUUUCUCAUUUUAAAGAGGCUAUUCGGAUCCCAACUGUCUCGUUCUCAACUACGCACCAGAACACAAGUGCACUGCAAGAGUUUAACCAGCUUCUGGAACGAGUUUUCCCAGCGAUCUUCUCAUCCAGCCUGGUUAAGCAUGAGCUGGUGCAGAACUACAGCCACCUGUUUACUGUAUCGGGCAGUGAUCCUCAACUGAUGCCGUACAUGCUGCUGGCACACAUUGACGUGGUGCCAGCCAAUGAGGCGGAGGGGUGGGAGGUCCCCCCCUUCUCGGCCCAGGAGCUAAAUGGAUUUAUUUAUGGACGCGGGACCAUCGACAAUAAGCAGUCUGUUAUGGGGAUUCUUCAGGGACUGGAGUACUUGUUGGAGAGAGGUUAUGUGCCCCGGCGAGGGUUUUACAUCGGCCUGGGUCACGACGAAGAGGUAAAUGGCAAUGCUGGAGCGGUGAAUAUAGUCAAAGUGCUGAAAAGUCGUGGUGUGAAGCUGCAGUUUGUUCUAGACGAAGGCCUUGCUGUGCUGGAUGGAAUUAUAAGUGGUCUGGAUGGACCAGCUGCACUGAUCGGUGUCAGUGAAAAGGGACAGGCAACAGUGAAACUGAGCGUCAGUAUGAAGCCAGGUCAUUCUUCCAUGCCCACGAGACAGAGUAGCAUUGGCGUCCUGGCAGGUGCAGUGACAAGAUUGGAGGAAAAUCGCAUGCCUAGACUAUUUGGAUAUGGCCCUGAGAGGAGCACUUUUGAACAUCUAGCUCAUGAAUUUGGCCUGCCUCUCAAGUUCAUCAUGUCUAAUUUGUGGCUUUUUACCCCCUUGCUGAGCAGAGUUAUGGAGAGAAGUCCUGAUAUGAAUGCUUUUGUGAGAACUACUACAGCAGUCACCAUGUUUAACUCCGGCGUGAAGUAUAAUGUCCUCCCAUCAUAUGCAGAGGCUUUUGUGAACUUGCGCAUCCACACUGCUCAAACACUGCAGGAGGUGUUAGAUCUGAUCGAGUACACUAUAUCCGAUGAUCGUGUGAAAGUGGAGCUGGUGAACGGCUUCGACCCCCUGCCCGUCAGUUCCUAUGAUGAGGAAUCGUUUGGAUUUCAGAUUAUAAAGAGGACAGUUUUGAAUAUGUUUCCUCAGGUCAAUGUGGCUCCAGGUAUCUGCGUUGGCAACACCGAUAGCCGUCAUUAUACCGAGCUCACCAAGGACAUCUACCGAUUCGCCCCCACUUGGUUUAAACCUGGUGACCCUCAGAGAUUCCAUGGCAUCAAUGAACGGAUCUCUCGCCAGAACUACGAGGAUCUUGUGCUCUUUUACUUCCAACUCAUCCAAAACUGUGAUGUCAGAAACAUACCACCUUCUCACACAAGCGAACAUGAGCUCUAAUUCAUUCUGUGAAUGUAAUGCUGGGCCAUAAUUAUUAUUAUAAAAAAUAAUUAUUAAUGGUUAGGGAUAAUGUUGAUGUUCACCGCACCACCAGUAUUUAAAUUAUCUCCAAUUUUCAAUCACUGUAGUUCUAUUUUGGUCUAUACAAGGCGCCAUAGACUUCAUGUCAUGGCAUCAAUAAGUCUUGGCCACCCCUUGUUUGGGAGAUAUUUGAACCCACUUGCCUGGCCAUCAAAGUCAAUCAGGUUGUUAUGCCUAACUAUAACUUCUACAUUUAAAGUAAGUACCAUUAGCCAGACAUUUAAUAUAUCUAAUGUGAUGUGUCUCAAUUGUUAUGUAAUCUGCAUUUUUGGAGGGUGGUCCUUAUAUUUUUGUAUAUUAUAUCUUAACAGUGUAUACACAAUAUACUGUAUAAUAUUGUAUCAUAGCUACAAAAGGCUAUACCCCUCUCAUCCAUGAGUAGGUUACAACUCCAAUAAAUCAUAUUGCGGCGAUUGCCGACGGCCUACGACCAAUUCAAGAAAACAUAUGUUCAACAUUUGCUUGUUGUCUCAUUGCUGUAUUACAAAUGUUAUAAAAUCUAUUUCGUUUAAUUCUAAACCUACUUUAUGUUGCUUGAUCAAUAAGUCCAAAUUGCAUAUUUAGAAAAUAAUUAUUUUGAUUGCUGUAGAUUUAACAUGUGCUUGGACCUGUGAAACAAUGUAUACAUUUUAAAAAUCCAGUAGUGUACCAGUAUCAGGGGCUCUGACCCCUGUAACAGAUCAUACAAUUACAUGUAAUUCAUAGUUCAGUCAAGGGCUUUAUUAUGAAUAAUAUGUAUUGUAAGUUUGAUUUUAUGAUCUAAUGGGUUUAAUUAUCUUUGAAAAAUCUGUUGCCUUAAAGAAUUGAGGAAUAUAUUAAUAAUUGUAUUUUAUAAAUGUUGGUGCUGGCUGAAAAUGAAAUAAAAGUUGCUGUCUGUAUUUUGAUUAUCAUCCUGCUUCAGACAAACUCUGUAAUCCUUUUUAAUUUAUGAUGGUGAAUGUGUUUUUAUUUAAUGUUUUGAUGUGUGACAAGCCAGUUCAUUAAUCAGUAAUAAUUACAGUGUAAUUCAGUUUAGUUUUUUCAUGAAAAUUGUAAGCAUUUUUAUUUUUAAUAAAAAAAUGACCAAGUA